CCUGCUCCACCUUCGUGUCGAGUAAUCUAACGGCGGGGAUUUCAUCUUUUGCCAGAGGAACUUCUCAUGGAUAUGUGCGCGGCUGGAAAUGACACUGAUUACAAUGAAAUUCUCUCUCAAAUCUCCGUGAGCUUAAAUAAUGCUCUAAACACUUACGGUGCUUCGUCUUCGCAGUAUCAGACGAUCCUCUCGAUCCUCAAGGAUUGUCUGCAGAAAUAUGGGCGCGAUGGUCGACAAACACACGACCUGGAUCCGGAUACCCUGAGUCUAGCAAUGGGUUUCUUGGAGAUCGGGAAAUAGUCUCCCCCUCGAUCAGUUGGAUGAAGCUUCUUGCAGAGUGGACGCGAUAGGCACAAAUUACGGGAGUCAUCCAAGAGCUGACCUGGGCUGUGGGAUCUCUACAAGGCAAAUAUCAUGCCACACUACAAAGAAUCAGAACAUACUCCGUCGCGGACUGGCAAUACACAGAC